AAGUGCAUGUGGUGCGGUGGCUAUUCGGGCAUAAAUAGUUACUUCAAUCCCAUCGCCUCCCUUUGCCACCCCGCGAUCAUAUAUUCCACAUUCCUCAUCAAUCUUCAAUCUUCAAUCCUCACCAACCUGUCUUUCUUCUCCUUCUUGUUUGCUAGAUUAUCUUUUAAGAAUACCUAUUACUAUCGCGCCUAAUUUUCCCAAAAAAAAACAUCGAGUUCUUUUCACAAUGAAGUUCUUCUCUUCGCUCGCUCUGCUGGUCUCCGCCGUGGCGGCCAACCCCAUUCUCCGUACUCGCGACACGCCCAAGGACCUUUUCCAUCUCAAGACCACUGGCGCUGACAACUCGGCACACAACGACCUCUACGUCUACGGCUACCACACCGGUGCUGGAUUUAACGAUGCUGUUCUCACCUCGGACGUUGGUACCGCAAGCCCGGCAUUCCUGAACGGCACGAAUGUCCAGUUCAGUCUCGACACACCUUUUCCUUGGGGGUUGGUAAUGCGACCACAGAACAACUACGGCGCGUGGGAGCCGGUCGAGAUCAACACCGGAUAUGGUAACAGUGAUUUCUCCAUCAACGGUGACAGUCUGGAGUGGUCGGAACAGCAGGGAUUCGGCGGCUGGUUGGUCUGCGACUGGUACCACAAUGCGCCCCAGCUCUUCUAUCUGUGGAAGUACCUCCAGCCUACAAUUCCCUCCUCCUGCAGCAAGGUUCAACUCAACGUCGAACCAGUUUCCUAAAGCGGAGAAUCUGCACGAGGUUUGCCACUGGCCUGCCAUGGGUCUCGAAGUGACCGAGGCUUCGUGAGUGGUGCUUCCACAGGGGAUCGGGUUAAGACGUUCUGGUCCCUGAGAUGAUUGUAUCAAUACCUGGAUACAUGUAUAUGCUGAUUUAAUGCUAAUAAUCAUAAUGAGUCGGUUGGGAUGAGUUUUUGGAUUUUGAGUGUAUAUUAUUACACCGUGGUUGACGAUCUUCGGUACUUAAUGACCCUGAUGUUA